CAAAGAAGCGACCGUCUGAGUGCGGAGAACGGUGAGGGUGAAGGUAGUCUAGUCUCGUUUGAUUUGGUUUUCUGGGCGUGUUCUCAUUCCUUUACUCGACACUGAACAAGUGCCGUGUUCCUGCUACAGCCAUGUUGUCGUCUUCACUCCGCUCCCUCUGCUACAGAGGCCCCUCAAUCGCCUCCCGGGCCUUCAGUACAUCGCCCUCCGUUCGAUCUGCCGAGGUCAAGUCGCUGGGUGUGAUAGGAGCUGGUCAAAUGGGACUGGGCAUCGCGCUGGUUGCCGCCCAAAAAGCCCAAGUUCCAGUAACAUUAAUCGACACAUCCCAAGCAUCUUUAGAUAAGGGACUCAAGUUUGCCGACAAACUCCUCGCUAAAGAAGUAGCCAAGGAGCGCCUGACGCAGGAGGCGGCGGACGCGGCGCGGGCGCGCAUCACACCGAGCCAGAAGAUGGAGGAUCUGAGCGGGGUGGACUUUGUGAUCGAGGCGGUGCCGGAAAUCGAGGCGCUGAAGCGGCGGAUCUUCGGGCAGCUGGCGCAGAUCGCGCCGCGGCACGCGAUCCUGGCGACCAACACCUCGUCCAUCUCGAUCACCAAGAUCGCAGCAGCGACGACGGCGGACCCGACGGACCUGCAGGCGCCGGCGCGGGUCGUCUCGACGCACUUCAUGAACCCGGUACCCGUGCAGAAGGGCGUCGAGAUCAUCGCGGGCCUCCAGACGGCGCCGGCGACGGUCGCGGCCGCUGUCGACUUCGUCCGCCGCAUGGGCAAGAUCCCCGCCGUCUCGGCGGACUCGCCCGGGUUCCUGGCCAACCGCAUCCUCAUGCCCUACAUCAACGAGGCCAUCAUCUGCCUGGAGACCGGCGUCGGCGCCAAGGAGGAUAUCGACAGUAUCAUGAAGAACGGCACCAAUGUGCCCAUGGGCCCGCUGGCGUUGGCAGAUUUCAUUGGCCUGGAUACCUGUCUGGCCAUCAUGAAUGUCUUGCAUCAGGAGACUGGGGAUAGCAAGUACCGGCCUUCCGGGCUGUUGAAGCGCAUGGUGGAUGCCGGGUGGUUGGGCAAGAAGUCGGGCAAGGGCUUCUAUGACUACUGAUCGCGCGAUGGCCCUGAGCCCAUUCUCGUGCAUCGCGAUAUGUUUCUCAAUCAAUACCACCAUGGGUUUUUCAUUCGUUUUGCUACCAUUCCUGGGUUGCAAUUCAGGAUGGAAGAUGUAGUGAUCAAUAUCUAUCCAUUGUGACAAGGAGACAUCUCUCUACGGGUGCAUAAAGGUGCAUAAAGGUAGAUAUUCACUCCGAUUCUCGCAGUCUGGCAAAUUGUCG